UUGUCUUUGACAACUUUCCGUCAGCGUGUUUGCUGCCGAUAUCUGAGGAAGUCUCGCUUCAGUCUUAUUAACUUUAAUUAAUUUAGAUUUAAAAUACCUGAAAAAUGGCGAAAUAUGAUUUGACCAGUCAAUUAGCACCAUACUUGGAUCGCCAUUUAGUCUUUCCCCUCUUGGAGUUUUUAUCGGCGAAGAAGAUCUAUAACGAAAAUGAGAUCCUCCAAACAAAGCUGAACAUUUUAAACAAAACUAACAUGGUGGAUUACAUUCUUGAGAUCCGUCAGCAACUCAAUCUUACCGAGGACGAAUCCGAACCCAUAAACGCUCUGCAAAAGAAAAGAGAACAUGUUUUGGAACAACUCCAGCAACUUCAGAGUGAAGCCCAAGUCGUCAUCGGCAUAAUGAAUAAUGAAGAGGCAAGCAAAAGUCUUGACGGAAUGAGAGACUCAAAGAGUAUAACUCACUUCUUACAAAAUGAAUAUGGACUCAAACCAGAAAUGAUGGAGAGUCUGUACAAGUUGGGGAAGUUCAGAUAUGAAUGUGGUAACUACUCCGUUACUUCAACACUCCUCUACUUCUACAUAAACGUCAUGCCUACCACAGACAAGAACUACUUGAAUGUAUUGUGGGGCAAGCUGGCGUCUGAGAUCUUGCUACAACAGUGGGACAGUGCACUAGAGGAGCUCAACAGACUGCGGGACUUCAUAGAUUGUAACAGCUUCGGCUCCACACUGCAAGUGUUGACCCAACGUACCUGGCUAAUACAUUGGAGUUUGUUUGUGUUCUUCAACCAUUCCAAGGGACGAGACCUCAUCAUCGACAUGUUCCUCUACAAGAAUAAUUACCUGAAUGCCAUCCAGACGAUGUGUCCCCACAUUCUGCGCUACUUGGCAACUGCAGUGAUCAUCAACCGGCCUCGACGUAGCGCUCUCAAGGACUUGGUUAAGGUCAUCCAACAAGAAUCAUACACCUACAAAGACCCCAUCACAGAGUUCUUGGAACAUCUUUAUGUGAACUUUGACUUUGAAAGCGCUCGCCUCAAACUGCACGAGUGCGAGAUCGUCCUGUACAAUGACUUCUUCCUCAUCGCUUGCCUCGAAGAUUUCAUCGAGAAUGCCAGACUCAUGAUCUUUGAGACAUUCUGUCGGAUCCACCAGUGCAUCAGUAUUCAGAUGUUGGCGUCAAAACUGAACAUGGAGCCUGAUGAGGCAGAGUGUUGGAUCGUCAACUUGAUCCGUAACGCUCGCUUGGACGCCAAGAUUGAUUCCAAGUUGGGACAUGUCGUGAUGGGAGCACAACCACUCAGUCCCUACCAACAGCUGUUGGAGAAGGUAGACUCACUCAGUGUACGCUCAGAGGCUCUGCUCACACUCAUCGAGCGCAAGCUCAAGUCUCGCACACAGGAUAUUCGUUGGGGAGCACAGGACUUUGCAAUCAACGCUUAGUCUCUAAAAUAAGUUUAUCUUUCAAUAAAAUGGUUUACUAAAAUAAA